GCUUUGUUUGAAUGCAUUUAUGGUAUAAUACAAAAAACUUGAAAGGAAAAAUAUAUAAGUCUACUGAUUUUUUUUAUGACAGAAGCAAAGACGAUGCAUGCUAUACCGAUUCCGAAUAUCGCCUUUUUAUCGAGUUUUGAUCACGUUUUGGGGGUGAAAUCUUGAAAAUACCACAAGAGUCGGAAAAAGUGAGCGUUAUAGAGAAAAGUCAAGAUUUGACUGUUUUCCGUUCCACUCUAGUUUUUCGAAAGUAUUUUAUUCGAACGUCCGCCAGACUUGCAAGUCUCUCUCUUUAUUUGCUGCUGGAUUAUGCAAAAAAUAACCACUGCUCUUGUAUUUUGGCUCCAAUAGUAGGUGAAAUAACCUACACUAAAAAAUAAAGUGUGGUAGUACGUGUGUAAAUCUUUGAAAGGUUCACUCAGCAUCGAAAAGUGUGUACGUUCUCUAGAUAGUUAAUCUUAGUAUUUAAUACUUAAGUGUGUUAAAAAGAUUUCUUAUUUUCCAUUUUUGUCGCGAACGACAUUAUUAAACGGAAAAGUGAUUCAGAAUCAUGAUCACCAUCUUCGAAAGUACACUGCUAUUUUCAGCCAAGAUGGGUAAGAAAAAACCGAAAAAAAUAACGUCAGUGUGUGGGCUAGACGAUCGCUUCUCAGUAUGUAUUUCACAUACUUAUACCAUGCCUUCUAGUUGGUCACUGGGAAUCGACCUAGCGUUCACUUUAUAUGCGUCAUUUAGACAUUUUCGGUUCGGGAAAGCUAGGCGGAAAUGUUACGCACACGCUUGCACACAACUUCCUCAGUAUCGCCAUUGAUCCAUUUUAGAAAGUAUAACGACACUUUUAUAUUCUUUCACUUAAGAAUCUAUAUUUUAUAUAUGUUAUCACGCAUGUAUAAACAUGUCUGCGUUUUUAUUUCUGACUUGUGUCUGAUUUUCAACUGUUUUUUCUGAUUUGUCUUUUAGAUCUGGGAUCCCUGAUACAUUGUAUACAACGAACACUGGCAACAAAAAGUAUAUUAAGUACUUAUUUAUUCUGUUGAUCACACUUAUUUACUACAGAAGUCGGAAAGUCUGUAAUGGAUGACAAAUUUUGGAUUUGCACUUAACUUCCCCAAACCACACGUUCGCCUGCAUCACUGCUUCAGUUGAAAGUGACUCCGUCGUCACACUUAUUUACUACAGAAGUCGGAAAGUCUGCAAUGGAUGACAAAUUUUCAGGGUAUAUUGACCAUGUCAAAGUGUAGUAACCAAAUUUCUUUUGGCGCUACUUGCAACUGGUCAUGAGAAGGCGUAGCUACAAGGGCCAAAAGUAGGUAUCUAUGAUGCACAAGCAUUCUCAUUCCAGUUAAUAAUAGAGAGUUCGGUAUUUUUUGUUUUGCGUUAAACGCCUAUGCUAGGAAUUAACAGAGCCCGAUUUUCGAAUUUCUCAUCUACUGAUUUCUGGUGCUUAAUAGAACUUUAAAAUUCGAAAAAUCCUUGGUAGUGCUGUUAAAUUUAUCAAGAUGGCUUGGAUACCGGUGGCUGUUGGGGCUGUUGGCGCACUAUCACAUUUCUUCGGUGGUAAAAGUCGAACUACAGUUCAAUAUGUUACAAAUCCAGCUUUAGAAGACGCACUAAAAACUGCUAAUAAUGCCAAUGCACACUUACAAAAACAAUUUGCUGACAUACAACAAGUCCUAAAAGAACAACAAUUAGAUUCAUUUGAAAAAUUAAAAGCGUAUGAUCACAGAGCUGCAAAUGCUUUAGUUGAAUUAGCAAGCCAAACACGAGCAAUGGUACUGGAAGGCAGAACUGUUGCUCUGUUUGGUGUAACAUCAAGUGGAAAAUCAACAAUUAUUAAUAAAUUGUUAAAUUCAAAAGUGGCUGCAGUUGGUGUUGGUGACACAACAAAAGCAAUUCAACCAUUUAAUGGGAAUGGUUAUUGUCUGUAUGACAUACCGGGAAGAAAUGAUGAUCUCUCAUAUUUUACUUCGGAGUAUAUUAGUUUUUGGAAAGGUUUAACACAUCGUCUUGUAACAAUUCAAUCCACAUUGAGAGAAAUGACAAAAGUAUUUAGUUUGUUAGAUGCAAUGGAUUUACGUUAUGACAUUGUUGUGAACAAAUUUGAUUUGAUAGAAGAUGCUAACGAAGCUGAAGCAUUUCGUCAGCAAAUUCGUAAUGAAGUGCACGAAUGUGGUUUAAAGGGUGUUAAUAAAAUAUUUUUUGUUAGUGCCAAAAAAACGGAUCAGUUUCCUGACUGGAUUAAAUUGGUUCAAUAUUUAAGAGCAUAA